GUGCCGGAUUUACGUUCUUUUUUCCUCCGUGGGAAGCCAUGAUGGCAGUUUGAGAGCGGAGCUGCGGAGCGCCCUGAGGAGAGAUGAGUCCCGCCGAUAAACCGCACACCGUCACGCUUCUCCAAAGGCUACCGUCGCAUAUCUAACACAGUUCAGGUGGAGACUGUCAGUUGUCAUUUUUCACGGAACCAACUUGGCCAUCCAGCGACGACGAUGAUCAUUCGUUAGGAGGGUUUUGAGGGGGGGUUUAGCAGCGGUGGCUAGCGGGCGAUGCUAGUCGGGAAAGGCUCGCCUGUGUGUUUUCUUCUUCGCGCGGAGAUGGAGAGGAUUCGCUCCUCUCUCUGGACCUGAUCACGGCGCGCGCGCCGGACACACAGACUUCUGCCAUACUAUUGUUGUUGUUAUAUCGGAUGCGUUCCGGUUUGACCGGGCCGCGGGAUCGGAGGACAUUUUCAGCAGCUCGGAGGACUGAGCGAUCGGGACCGGGAGAGUCGGGCCUGCUGGGCCGAUACGGAUAGAGGCCCGUCUGCGAGAAGCUGUAAUCCGGCCCGCUGCGCGAGACCCACCGGGACACACACACACACACACACACACACACACACACACACACACUAACUAAAGGGUGAGAGAGACGCAGAGCCAUUCCGAGCAAACACAACCCCCUUUCUAACAAAAAAACGGAAUAAAACUGAAGUAUUUUGAACUGCUGUCAUGGCAAUGACUGCAAAAAUUAAAGAAAUAGUCAGUCGGAAUAAGAGGCGAUAUCAAGAAGAUGGGUUCGAUUUGGACUUAACUUACAUAUACCCCAACAUAAUUGCCAUGGGCUUCCCUGCCGAAAGGUUGGAGGGAGUCUACAGAAACAACAUAGAUGAUGUGGUUCGAUUUCUAGAUUCGAAGCAUAAAAAUCAUUAUAAAAUUUAUAAUCUAUGUGCUGAGAGACACUACGAUGCAUCCAAAUUCAAUUGUAGGGUGGCUCAAUAUCCCUUCGAGGACCAUAACCCGCCACAGUUGGAAUUAAUAAAGCCCUUCUGCGAGGAUCUCGACCAGUGGCUGUCCGAAGACGAGAACCACGUGGCGGCUAUCCACUGCAAGGCAGGCAAAGGCCGCACAGGGGUCAUGAUAUGCGCCUACCUGUUGCAUCGCAGGAAGUUCUCAGAGGCACAAGAGGCACUGGACUUUUAUGGGGAAGUCAGGACCAGAGAUAAAAAGGGGGUCACCAUUCCCAGCCAGCGCAGGUAUGUGUAUUACUACAGCUACCUGCUGAAGAACAAGCUGGAAUAUAAACCUGUUGCUCUCCUGUUCCAUAAAAUGGUUUUCCAGACUCUGCCCAUGUUCAGUGGGGGCACCUGCAGGGACAGUACUGUUAAAAACAGGAGUGAGGUGAAUCCCCAGGGCUUCAAGAAAGGCAACUGGCACUGGGGUAAAACGGCAUUACUUUACUACUACUACUGUUAAGGGAAUCGUCUUCAA